CAGUUCUUAUAAAUAGAAAAAAUUAUUUCUGGAAGGUUUAAAUGGGUACUAAAACUAACUAGACAUAAUCCAUUACAGAAAAGGAAGGGAGUAUGAACCAAAGUAAACUCAAAAAAUUUUGAGUGAAUGGUGAAUGCAAAAAAAGAAAAAAAAAAGAAAAGAGACUUAAAACCUAACAACCCAUAGAUUUUUAACAGGGAGAGGUCAUCUUAGGUACUAUGUUCAUUGCUUUAGGGUCAUUUGAAAAUAUUUUGAUAUUGGAAUACUAAAGAGAUUCACUUUCCUAGUAUAGAUACACUUACAAAUAUUUCAUUAUGUUUAUAAAAAUUUGAGUACUAGUAGCUAUGGGAUCUGGGACAGAUCGACCAACCUGAUUUCAACUUCUUCAGUUUAUAUAUGUGUAUAACUGAGAAUUGAGGCAAAAGCAUUAUCCAGUCCCUUCUUGCUGUGCCAUUCUAAGAUUUAUAAAAUUAAAUUAAGUGGGUAAAUAUAGCCCUCUAGUGGUUCUAUUAUAUGCUUACACUGUUAACUUUGGUGCAUCUAGCAUUUCUGUAAAGUUACUGAUUUUUAGAAAUUCAGUAUUGAGAAGAAUAAGAUUUUUAUAUUACAUGGCAUAAAGAAUAUGAGGAAAAAAGGUAUAGGGAUAUAUUAUUCUAACAAUAAAUGUUCAUAUUAGAUUGUCACCCACUUAUGUUACCCACUUUUGGAGUUAUAACAAUAUAAUCCAGAAUAUUAGAAUUGCCCAGUACUUUACAAGAUGAAUUAUUGAAUCUAGAUACUUUGCUGGUGCAUGCUAUGAUUAUUACCAGAUUAACUACUUGUGCAUAUGAAAGUGUAGGGUAAAUGAACUGAAGUGAAUUGUAAAGUAGAUCAUGCUAUAUUCAUGCUUUAUUGACCUGGAAUUUAUGGUAUGGCUUUCGGGGAAAACAAAUUACAGAAUGAUUUUAUAUAUACAUAGCUCCCCAUUUUUUGAAAAGAAUGAAAAAAAAAGUGGAAGAAACCUCAAACAGUUGUAUAAAUACAUGUUUCUGUAAGCAAAGAAAAGCAGAAUAUACACCGAACAAUAUUAUUACCAUUAGGGGAGUAAAAUUUGGAAGGAUGGGGGAGAUUACUUCUUUACUUAACUCUAAUGAUUUAAAUUGUUAUGGAAAAAACAAAAGGAAUUGAAAUGGAAAACUUGAAAGGGUCAAACAGAAAACAGGGACCUUAAUCUGAAUCGUUUUAGAGCAGUAAGUCUGGCUCUUAAUUUUGAAACUGAUUUCCUGCAGAAAUCAGUUAGGUCAGGUCCUGAUCUGAUUUUCUGAGUUUGUUUAUUGUUUAAAUGGGAUGUGUGCACUUGAUAAUCUCCUUGGAUAUAAAGCUGAUGCCCUAAUUGGUUAAAAUGUGUGUUGCUCGUUAUUUCUCUUUAUUUUGCUAAUAAGCUUUUCCCUUGUUCUGGGAAUUAAAAAUCCUUUCCUCUUUAGCCCAAUUAAAUUUGUUAAGGGAGGGCCUCUAUGAAAAGGCCCUUCUUUGAGGUCUUUAAGUGGAAAUGAUUGGUUCUGAAAAUUCUUCCCUAGGUGGCUUUUGAAACAUUUCAUAGAUAUUGAAGGCCCAUUAUGAAGGCUAUCUUGAUAUCUUCCCUCCAAAAUGCUAAGGAAUAAUUUAGGCAACAGUUCAGACUCAAAGAAUGAAGACGGCUCGACCUUUUCACAGACUGAACACAAUAUUGUUGCAGCUUACUUGAUUACGGCAGGUAUGAUAAGUGUUCUCAGCAACAUAAUAGUUCUUGGCAUCUUCAUUAAGUACAAGGAGCUUCGGACACCCACAAAUGCAAUUAUCAUUAACUUGGCUGUUACUGAUAUAGGGGUCAGUAGCAUUGGCUACCCCAUGUCUGCUGCUUCAGAUCUGCAUGGAAGUUGGAAGUUUGGAUAUGCAGGAUGUCAGAUUUAUGCUGGAUUGAAUAUCUUUUUUGGAAUGGCAAGUAUUGGAUUGCUCACAGUUGUGGCUGUGGAUCGAUACCUGACCAUCUGCUGUCCUGAUGCAGGAAGAAGAAUGACCACCAACACUUACAUCAGCAUGAUUCUGGGGGCCUGGUUCAAUGGCCUCUUUUGGGCUUUGAUGCCUAUUGUUGGGUGGGCUAGUUAUGCCCCAGAUCCUACUGGGGCCACCUGUACCAUAAACUGGCGGAAAAAUGAUGUAUCUUUUGUUUCUUACACCAUGAUGGUUGUUGCGAUAAAUUUUAUUGUGCCCUUGAUAAUGAUGUUUUACUGCUAUUACCAUGUCACUCAAUCCAUUAAACAUCAUGCUACUAGUAACUGCACUGAGUAUCUCAACAGAGAUUGGUCAGAUCAGGUAGAUGUAACAAAGAUGUCUGUGAUAAUGAUACUCAUGUUUCUGGUGGCAUGGUCCCCUUAUUCCAUCGUGUGCUUAUGGGCUUCUUUUGGUGACCCGAAGAAGAUUCCUCCCUCAGUGGCCAUCCUAGCUCCACUGUUUGCAAAAUCUUCUACAUUCUACAAUCCCUGUAUUUAUGUGAUUGCUAAUAAAAAGUUCCGGAGGGCAAUGCUUGCCAUGUUCAAAUGUCAGACUCAUCAAGCAAUGCCCAUGGAGAGUAUCUUACCAAUGGAUGUACCCCAAAACCCACUGACUUCUGGAAAAGUCUGAAAUAAGAGGAAAGCACACAUUAUCAAAACAUUUGCUUUUUUUUUUAAUGAUUUAAUUUCACUUAAAAUCUGAGCCCAUUUCAAUCAAAUGCAGACAUAGAGGAUUGUCCUAAUAGACUGUAGAUUUCUCACGUGUAGUUUAUAAGUUCUUCUGUUGGUGCACUGGCCACUGUAGGGAAUGUUUCAUUGUUUCCUUAUAUGUAAACUUAUUGCUUAUCUCCUUUGGUGAAUAGAGGCACAUGAGAUUAAGGCCUCUUCUCUUUCUCCCUAUCAUGGCAUGUAUUACGCUGUACCUGGUACCUUGCCUGGUCCCUCCGUUAGAUCAGAAACAACUGCUAUUUUAAUAUUAGAAUAAAUUAUUAAUAAUAAGUAAUAGUCUUUAAUAAAUAAUUACUGAAAUGAGUUGUUGGAUGUUCCCAGCUAGAAUGGAAAACAUUUUUAGCACUUCACAAUUUAAAAAAUUUAAUGCAAUUAUUUAUUAAGUCUAUUUAAUAAAAAUGAUCAAAUGAAUAUUAAGCACUAUUGCUUUUAAAUCGCAUCAGUCAAUGCACAUAUAUAUUUUAUAUAGCAGUUUAUAAUCUGUGUAUACUAUUAUGUGUUCUGCAUUUUUAAUUACUGUUUUCAUGUGU